AUGACGUUUCUGGGAGGGUCUUCACCUGGAGUCUGGGCCAUCAUUCCCACCAUCAUGCGGAAGUUCGGCAUCUUUCCACCAGAGAGGGAACUGCCAGCCACUGCCUGGUACACCAGCAGGGACACUGAGACUCCCGUCUACGAGAUACUCAGCGUACUGCAGUACUUCAGCAUGCAGUACAGUUUCUUCAUGGCGAUGUGCCUCGACCUGCUUUUUGUUUGCAUUAUAAUUCACGCAGCUGGUCAGCUGGAGGUUCUCAAUGCUAAAUUGAGACGCGUUGGUAAAAUUAUUGGGAACCACGGUGAUGACGUUCACAAACAACAAAAGGUGCAGGAGGAAGACUUGGACAAAGAUUCUAGUGGAGAAAUGAUGUGGGAAGAUCUCUGUAACUGGAUCAGGCACCAUCAGGACGUCAUUGAUUUCAUUAAAGAAAUUGAAAGGUUGCUGAGCAAAAUCGUCCUGCUUCAGUUCACUGGAGCUACUGUUAUUAUAUGCGUCACUCUAUUCCAAAGCUCUAAGAACACAGAAAACAUAGCAGCACUUCUACUGUUACAAGCAUACUUAGGAGUCGUUAUAUACGAGAUAUUCAUGUAUUGCUGGUACGCCGAUGACAUACUAUAUCAGAACUCUCGCCUUGCGAAGUCCGCCUACUACUGCGGCUGGCCUGGGGCACCUCCAGACAUGCAGCGCGCCCUGGUGUUCAUCAUCUGCAGGACUCAGAGACCUCUCGGUUUGACCGCCGGCAAAUUCUACUACGUCUCACGGGAAACGUUUGUCCGGUUGAUGAGUGCUUCCUACUCAUACUACGCUCUUCUCAACCAGGUGAACGACAAAUGAAUGGAAAAUACCUCCCACUUUAUGUAAAUUCCAA